UAAGAGGAAGGAUGCAUUGUUACUUGUGUGCUGCUUCUGCAGUUCGAAAAACUAAAGCUUCUGAGAACAUUGUGAAGGAGUUGACUUGAGAAAAAGAUUUGUGGAACACAUUUAAAAUGAAGACCAUCUCAAGUUGUACGAUCCUCUUUAUUUUGAUACUAAAUAUGUUGUGUACAGGCCAAGAAAACAAAGACUGGAACAUCACCUUCAAUCCAACACAAGUGACUGCAGUUCCAGGAUUAUGUGCUCUCAUUUCAUGUACAUUCAUUUAUCCAGAAAAUGCAGCACCUAUUAAAAACGCUCACUGGAAUGCGUGUAACAAAGAGAAUAAUUGUUCAAAGAAAUCUGAGACACAAAGCAAAAAUAGAAAUAAGAAAGAAACUACUAGUAAUACAGAACAGAUUAAGUUGCUUGAACCUGAUCUGAUGAAAAACAACUGCAGCAUCAUCAUCAAAGAAAUAAAAGAAAAUGACAGAGAAUAUGCCUUCAAAAUUGUGGGGCAAAAUUCAAAGAAUAAAAAGUCAAAAAUUAAAAUCAUCAUCCAAGAUAAGCCUAUAAUAGACAUUCCUCUUCUCAGUGAAGGACAGGAGGCCAAUCUAACAUGUUCAGCUCCUUUUCCUUGUCCUGAAACUCCUCCUGAAAUAAAAUGGUGGAUCAAGACAAGACAGGAAAAGAUCACUGAUCUAACGGAAAACACGACUCAGACCACCUCCAAAAGCCUUUACCUCUCAACGUUGACGUUAACUCUAACCUCUGACCUGCACCAUGCUACUGUAGGAUGUGAUGUGAGCUACGGAAGCAAAAACAUCAGUACAAAUAGGACCCUUGAAGUCAUGUAUGUAAAGCCUCUUCGAAUUCUGGGUAAUGACAAAUUGACGGAAGGUGACACUCUCAACCUGAGCUGCACAGUUGAGAGUCACCCACCAUCAUCUGCUCCUGUAUGGAGUUUCAAUGGAACCACAGAUAGAUUCAAGAACCACACGUCUGCAGAAUAUCUCACAAUUACCAAUGUGACAAAGGAACAUGCUGGGGUUUACAGCUGUAUGAGGACAUAUGGGAACAAGAAACUGAAUGCAUCCAUCACUAUCAAUGUCACUGGUCAUACAAAGGAACAGAAUGUGAACGAGACCUUCAGUCAUAUAAGUAAAAACAUGCCGCUGAAUGACACCAGAAAUACUACAGGUAUAGGAGAUUACAUUAGGAAUUUGGACAUCUCAAAGAUACUCACAUUUGUGGCGGGAAUGGCGUGUUCGGCAUUAAUCUUCUCAAUGGUUUUGUGCUGUUGGGUGUCUUGCUGCAGAGGCAAAAAACACAAAGUGCCAACUGCGAAUCCAAACACUGAAGUCAAUUUGGAGACGGUGCAGACAGACGUAGCUCAAACUGGAACCAAUGAGCAAACACCACUUCACGGACAGCUUAAUGGAGGGAACCCAAACAUGGCUGCGCCGACAGACGGAGCAGAGGAGGACGAAGCGGUCGGGAUGGAAGCAGGAGAGGUCGACUACGCCAGCAUCGACUACUCCCUUCUAAAAGACAGACCGCCUGAGGAAGCAGAGAGGGAAUCUACAGAUACAGACUACGCUGAGAUCAAGAGGGACAGGAAAGGAGAAGGGAAGAAAAGGGAAGUCCUUCAGGAUGUAAAUGACGAGACUGAAAAUCCCAACCAGAUGGAGAGAGAGGAGGAAAUUUAUUCAAACUCACAGGAGCUAAGUUAAAGGGUUAGUUCACCCAAAAAUGAAAAAGAUAUUGUUCCAAAACUAUAAGAUCUUCAAUCAUGUUCAUUACACAAAUUAAGAUAUUAAUGAUAAAAUCUGAGUGCUCUUUGUCGCAGAAACAGAACGACCAUGUUCAAGGCCCAGAAAGGUAGUAAGAACAUUGUCAGAAUAGUCCAUGUGAUAUCAGUGGUUCACCCUUAGUUUUAUGAAGCAAGAAUAUUUUUUGUGCACAAAGAAUACAAAAAUAGCAAAUUUUUGGACCAUUCCUUAUCGCCUGUGUCAGUUAUCGCGGUGACAUAAAGUAUGUGUGACUGUGAAAUUAUUGCAACACAUUUUGCUUUGCAUUUAUUUUGCAGAACAUGCAGACAAUGAACUAAAAGAAAUGGACGUUCUACGUUAAAACGUCAGCUGAUGUGUUAGCAGCACCACACGCAUGCAUUUAGUACUCUCGUGAGUGUGCAUCGAAGACUGACACAAGAGAAAUUAUUGAAUAAAGUUGUAAUUUUUGUUUUCUUUAUACACAAAAAGUAUAGCUUUAUAACACUACAGUUGAACCACUGAUGUCACAUGGACUAUUUUAAUGAUGUCCUUAUUACAUUUCUAAGCCUUGAACAUGGUCAAAACAUCAUCAAAAACAUCUUAAUUUGUGUUCCAAAGAUGAUCGAAGGGGUUUGGAACAACAUGAGAGUGAGCAAUUAAUGACAGACUUUUCAUUUUUGGGUGAACUAUACCUUUAAGGAACUACUAAGUCACUCAACAAUAUUAUAAGUGUGACCCUGGACCACAAAAUCAGUCACAAGGGUCAAUUUUUGGAAAAAGAAAUUUAUUUUAACACAUGAAAGCUGAAUAAAUAAGCUUUCCAUUGAUAUAUGGUUUGUUAGGAUAGGAUAACAUGUGGCCAAAUACUAUUUGAAAAUCGGGAACUGAGGGUGCAAAAAAAAAAAAAAAAAAAUCUAAAUAUUGAGAAAAUCACCUUUAAAAUUGUCCAAAUGAAGUUCUUAGCAAUGCAUAUUACUAAUCAAAAAUUAAGUUUUGAUAUAUUUAUGGUAGGAAAUGUACAAAAUAUCUUCAUGGAACAAAAUCUUUGCUUAAUAUUCUAUGAUUUUUGGUGUAAAAGAGAAAGUGAUAAAUUUGACCCAUACAAUGUAAUUUUGGCCUACCCAAGACUGGUUUUGUGGUCCAGGGUCACAAGUUGUCAAGCAAUGUGUAUAUAUACAGUACUGUGCAAAAGUCUUAGGCCACUAGUAUUUUCAUCAGCUAAAAAAUGGUUUAAAGUCAGUUAAAGUCAGUCUUUUGCUGUAGUGUGUCAGUAGGAAAUAUCAGUUUACAUUACUAAACAUUAAUUUUGCCAUUAAUUAUAAUAAUCCAGUGAGAUUUUUGUAUGGAGCACAGGCUGUUAUCAGACUCCUUGUGCAAACAGAGAUCUGAUCUCUCCAUCACUCAAUCCAGUCUGUCUUAAGAUACAGAAAAAACGGAGAC